AUGUCCUUGCCAGAUCUCUAUUCCCCCAUCUCCACAAACUCUCUGAGACGUAUGCAUACACAUGAACCCUCUCCUACAGGGAUCUUUAUCCCUUGCCUUAUAGCAAGCAGAGAGAAGAAGAAGGUGGAGAAACGCUUUCUUCAUGUUUUUAGAAAACACACCCUGUUCUGCACAUACAGGUUGGAGCCUAAACUGAUAUUUCACAACAUGGCUUCUCACCACAAGCCAAAGCUCUCAAAACCGCUCAAGACUCUUCAACGAAGAAGGGAAACAAAAGCAGUGGAGUUGCUUAAAAACCAGAAACCUGGUAACAGUUGA